AGAAUUUUUCGUCGUUGUGCAACACUAGCUACGGGGCAUUGUUUUUGUGUGUCAUUAUUGCAGGGGAAAAUAUUGUGAGAAAAAUUAAACAUUUGCACAAAGUUACGUGUUUUUUAAAACAUUUACAGUCAAAUACUAAACGGCAAACAUGAGUGACAUACAAACAUUAAUGGACAUGGGUUUUCCCAGAGAUCGAGUGGAAUAUGCAUUAAACGUAACUAGCCACAAGGGCGUCGAAAUGGCCAUGGAAUGGCUAUUGGCCCAUGGUGAUGAAGAGAUACCCGCUGCAGCGACAAGCGACGCAGCACCUGCUUCUGUUUCAGCUGCAGCUGCAGCUUCAGGUGAAGACACAGCGCCGAGCAGCAGCGGCUGUGCCGACGGCGGAGCCGUAGCCAAAUCUCUGAAAUGCGAUGACUGCGGCAAAGUGCUCAAGGAUCAGACCGAAGUGGAAUAUCAUGCAGCCAAAACAGGCCACAGCAACUUCUCCGAGUCUACUGAGGAGAAAAAGGCGCUCAGCGAGGAGGAGAAGAAAGCGCAGCUAGCCUUGAUCGAGGAGAAGCUCAAGCAGAAGCGUGUGGAGCGCGAGGAACGCGAAAAAGCCGAUGCUUUGGAGCGUGAACGCAACCGUAUACGCUCCGGCAAGGAUAUGACAGAGGCACGCCGUCGCAUGGAGGAAAUCGAAAUGAAGAAAAUUGUGGAUCAACGCAAGCGCGAAAAGGAGGAAGAGAAGGCAGCACGCGAUCGCGUGCGUGCACAAAUCGAGGCAGACAAAGCGGCACGCAAAGCCAGGGAAGUGCUGAGCAGUCCCGCUGCCCAAUUGUCGGAUGCCGUGCCCUCUGUCAGCUCCACUACAACGGCCACCACGCCAACUAAUGUUAAAUCGCCACCGCGCGACUAUACGGAGACACGCAUCCAGGUGCGACUGCAGGACGGUUCGACGUUGGCUUCCGAAUUUAAUGUGAAGGAGCCGCUGUCUGCUGUACGUGUGUUCAUCCAGGUGAAGACUGGCAUUGAUACCCCAUUCGCAUUGAUGACUACAUUUCCGCGCAAGAUCUUUGCCGACGAGGACUACGAGAAGCCGCUCGAAGUGCUGGGCCUAGUGCCCUCCGCUGUGAUCAUAAUGACCAAGCCGACUGCGUAGAUUUUCUCACACACAAACAACAAAAACAUCUUUAACUAACUCUAUAUAUAUCUAUAUAAUAUAAUAUGUAUAAUGUCGCGA